CGCCGAGCUCUGCGCGGGGGAAAGCCUCCCGGCGCCGGCCAUGCGGGGAGUUGCUGAAGUAAAGGAACCCUGCAGUCUUCCCAUGCUAUCUGUUGACAUGGAAAACAAGGAAAAUGGCUCUGUCGGUGUAAAAAAUUCCAUGGAGAAUGGGAGGCCACCAGAUCCUGCAGACUGGGCGGUGAUGGAUGUCGUCAACUAUUUCCGAACAGCAGGAUUUGAGGAGCAAGCUAGUGCUUUUCAGGAGCAGGAGAUUGAUGGAAAAUCCCUGCUAUUGAUGACAAGAAAUGAUGUGUUGACGGGACUUCAGUUAAAACUGGGGCCUGCUCUGAAAAUCUACGAGUAUCAUGUAAAACCUCUGCAGACAAAACAUCUAAAGAACAACUCUUCAUAGUACAAUCAAAUUGGGGUCUUAGACCUCAAAAAAUACAUAAGAUAUAAUUUAGUUUCAUGUGAUGAAACUUUGUAAACAGAAUACAUACAUGUGUAUAUGUAAAGAAUUUCAGUCAAAUGAAACGUUAUCCUAUGGGAUAGACUAGGCAAUCCAUCCACUGACCUGAACUCAGCAGGAGGAGUAAGGAUGACUUGUGGACAGCAUGGUUUUCCUGGUGGAGCUUGUCAAACAGAGUUAUCUUUGACAUGGUUGGACACCCCUCCCCACCAAAGGGGUUUUCUUCAGAUUGCUUUCCCCAAAUCCUUGAAAAAGUGUUGAAUGGAAUGAUCUUCUGGUUACAGAUGUAGAGAGAUGAAAGACCAGAAAACUUAGGGAAGGGGACAAAAGAGAGAGAGAUGCUGUUUCCCUUGAAUCCCUCUGCUCCUUAGAGUUUGUGUUAUUUGGAUGGAAUUGCCGACACCCUCUUUUAUAGAGGGUCCUUCACUUGACCUUAUUAAGGUUUCACUGGGAUGUACUGCGAUGUUUGAGAGGAACGUGCAUCAUGGCCCCUGCAGGAGCAGAACCUCUGAAAAGAGAAACUCUGUUUUGUCUUGGGGAUCGCCAUCCAUAUUCAGCUUUUUUCACAGGGGAUAAUGAUAUUUUCUGCAUAGAUUUACUUUCAAAUUGGCUCUUUGUUUCCGAAGAAGAAAGCAUUUUUUCACUUUAUGGUUUGUAUUUAUACUGAUUUGUUUCUGAAGGAAUUUGCCGAGAGUUAUAGAUCAAAAAGCCUUGUUACUAGUACAGAAUAUUUUUAUAUAUAUUCCUUCAUGAUGGUGUAAUAUUUUUUUAAUUGCUCUGAUGCUUUGUUUGAUUCUUGGUUUGAGUACUUGUCUUUAAGAACUUGAAAAAAGUGAGCUUGCUACAUCUCUGUUCAAAGAGACAUUUGUUCAAAUCUCUGUGUGUCAAUGCCUUGUUGAAUUGG